AUGUCGGAGGUAGUUUUUCACUACGAACAGCGACGCUUAGAGAAUAAUCUCGUCGCCCUAGAGCCAUUCGAUCCCAAUGUUCAUGUUGUGCGUUUCGUCGAAGAGGUUAAGACCCAUCCGGAGACCUUCACGUACAUUGCGCUCCCAGUGAUUGAAACCGAAGCGGACUUUGUAAGGGAGGUUUAUGAUCCUAGUCAGGCAUCGCCCGAGAUAUGCCUCUAUGCUGUCAUCGAUAAAGCUGCUGGUAACAAGUACGCGGGCGUUAUAUCCCUGCUAAACACGAACCCAGUCAACGCGGUCGCCGAGAUGGGCGCAAUUGUCUUCCCAGACUUUCAGCGCACCCACGUAGGAACGAAUGCGAUUGGGCUAGCCCUCCUCUAUAUGCUCGAUCCACCUCCUGCCGGGGGUCUCGGCUUGCGGCGUGUGGAAUGGCUAUGCCACGCCGAGAAUAUAGCGUCUCGAAGGACGGCAUUGCGGAUGGAAUUCGAGUUUGAAGGUAUCCUACGGUGGCAUCGGGCGUUUGCGCGCGGGAGCCCCGUGGAGGCUCUGGAGAAAAGGAAUGGCACGACGGGAGAAUUGCCAGGGAGACAUACCGCGAUCUAUUCCAUCGUCUGGGACGAGUGGGAUGAAAAGCGGCCGAGAGUGGUCGCGCGGAUGGAGCUAAAGUAA